UCGUACUUUCACGCUUUGGCCUCACUCGACCAAGGGCUGUUCACCGUGUGUCGCCUUCAGUUCGGCCGCUAAAAUGAGAGGCAUAUUUCCUUCGAUUUUCUAUAUUUUCUUUCUGAAAGUCUCUGUGCAAGGUCUGUGUCCUGAGCCUUUCGAAAGUGUGCAAGACAAGUGCUACUACUUUGAGUUGGAAGUGUCCAGGACAUGGGACAACUGCAGGGCGAGGUGCCAGAGCCUCGGCGCCGACCUGGCCAUUCUCAACACGUGCGAAGAAUUCAGUCUUCUCGUGAAACACAUCCAUAUUUCACAACUGGAAAUUCCUGACAAUUUUUCUUUCUUCGUCGGCGGCACCGACAGGGGGGACGAAGGAGUCUGGUACUGGGUCGACGGUUCGCCCGUGAAGAUGGGCGUUCCUCUUUGGGGACAAACCGACUUUAUAGCAGAGCCAUCUGGGGGCACGGAGCAGAACUGCGCCACGCUCAACAAGGCCAACCGCUAUUACCUGCACGACGGCGAGUGCGACAAGAACGGGUACGCCAUCUGCCAGAUCGACCCCGUGCCCGAACUGUGAAAUGGGCGGGAUAUUUCGUCGGGAUCUGUUAUGUGUUUGCAACGUUAAUAAAUUUGAUACAGGUUUUA